GCGGUGAGACCUAGAGACUUCGACGGCUACCUGAUUGCGGACGAAGUCGGCAUCGCGACCAAGGAGACCGAGUGUCUGCUGGUCAAGGCCGUGGACCCCUCAGCCCCAGGCCCCGAGCUCGAAUCGGACGCGCGGGUGCUGGACAUCAAGACACGGCCCGACGGCAGUCGCCAUCGACAUUUCACGGAGGCCGCGCGCCAGGUCACCACCACGGAGUGGCCCGAGUGGCCAAUCCUGGGUCCACGGACGGCGCCUUGGUGCCUGGAGUUUCUGGCGCGCCAGGACCAGCACCCACGUGCGCGGCAGACCAAGUGGGUGCAUGAGUGCCGGCUGGAGGCCACGGACGAGGGCGUUGGGGACCACGACCUCGCGAUGCGGAUGGCGGAGCUGGGCCUCAGCUUCGACCAGCUGAACCUCGGGGAGCUGGCCUCGUUCGAGCUCUCGAUGAGGAAGGCCCAGAUGGCCGAGUGGCGCCAUCGUGACCGGCUCGCGGCUGUCGAGGGUGACGAUCUGAUGGAGGAGAGCUACCUCUAUCUCGGCACGGGAGAGACGCGCGGUUUGGCGAUGGCGGCGCCGGCUCUAGUCGACCACAUCAAUCAGGAGAUGCAUCGCGGGGCGCAGAUCCUCAAGGAGCGCCGUAAGGCCAAGGAGGAGAGGUUGCUCUCGCGUGGCGGAGGCGGUGGAGGCAGCGCAGGAUCUGGGGGGUCAAAGGCGGAGCUGCACAAGAAGAUCCAGCAACAGGCUGCCGAUUUGAAGAAGCUCCAGGACAAAGGUGCUGGCGGCCCCGCUGGGCUGUCGAGAUCGGUGCGCUCGAGAGCGCGCCGCCGCCUGCACGUCGCGAACUGGAUCGCCGACGCGGCCGAGAGCUUCAACGCCUUGCACGGUCACGGCGGCGCCCGAGAUCAUUUUUCCGCUUCAGCCGGGAAGCAACGCAGCUUGGAAUUCACGCAAUCUAUCAUCGAGCAGGCAGGCCCGCCUCCUUGCUCACCCGCGGCAGCCCACGCGGAGCUGCGCGGUCACCAGCCGGGCUACGACACCGAGCCCGAGCUUCCAGCCCAGUACCAGAGGGAGAUUCCCCCCCUGCCAGGGCCAGGCGCGCGCUGCGAUCCCAGCGACGUCUUGCGCGGCCUCGAGCACGAUCAGCGGGCGGGGAUCUACAUGGACCUGCCCGAGGCUCGCUUCGGCUCGCCACUCCUGCAGGUGCUGCCGAUGGUGGUCGUGGGGUGCGCACCAGCUCGACUCAACCUGGCGUGUACGUCGACAACGUGUGCAUCGUCGGCGGCGACGGCGACCGAUGCGUGGCCGACUGGCGCUGUCGUGGGCAAGCUGGAGGAUGUCGGCCUGAAGUGCAAGGGCGUGAUGGAGCCGGAGGACCUUCAGACCUUCACGGGCAUCACCUUCGAGAGGCGGAGUGGCCGCGUCGGGGCCAGUGCGGCCCAGACAUGGAGAGGUCGCCUCGCGCUGCUGUUCGUGGCAGACCGCCGCUCAGCCACUGGGGACGAGAUCUUCAGCUUGCUCGGGCACUUCACUUGGGCCGCCUUGCUGAGGCGGACUCUCCUUUGUAUGUUUCAACAAGCCUACGUUUUCGCCCGGGUUGCUGGGCGCCGCCGGCUGCGGCCGUGGAGCCGCGUGGAGCUCGAGCUGCGGCGGGCGGCUGCGCUGCUGGUUUUCGCCUUCUCCGACUCGAAGAAGCCCAACAGCACCUUCGCCUACGCCUCUGACGCCUCCAGGGGACAAGCUGGCUCGGGAGGCGGCUACGGCGCGGUGGGCCAGACAUGGGCCAACGAGCUCGUGGAGCACACCGCGGCGUCAGCCGAGUCUUGGCGAUAUUCAGUGCUGGACGCCAUCGGGGCCAGGGAGUGCGCGCUGGGGUUCGACCCGGCCGAGGGGACCAAGGUCGGCCGGCACCCGGCGCGCGCUGGCUCCACCAGCUUCGAGGGCGUCGGACGGGCCGCGAUCGGAGACUUCAGCGACUGGGGGGUCCUUUUCCAUGGCGAGUUCCAGCGCGAUGAGGACAUCACAGUCCUGGAGGGCCGAGCGGCGGCGAUGGCCGCGCGACACGCUGUGCGAGGGCGCAGUGGGCACGGCCAUCGGCAUCUCAUUCUAGUCGACAACCUCGGGCUUGCCCUCGCGGUUCUCGCGGUUGGGAAAGGGCGAUCUCCCUCCAUCACUCUCAAUCACGUCUUGCAGCAGCUGUGCGCCAUGCCCAUUGUCACCGACAUUACCUUCAUUCUCAGAUGGACCCCUUUAGAGUGGAACCCCGCUGACAAGCCCUCUAGGCUCAGGCUUCAUCGCACGCGGGACGCCCGCGCUGAUCCCCGGCAUGCUGCGUAUCUCGGAGGUGCGGACGGCCCCAGCGGCCACCAAGCCCUGCGGCGGGACGUCCACGCGCUCGCGCGGAGGCGCCACUGCCGCGGCGGCCCGACCUCGGAACCGCAGUCCGCCGGCCCCAGCAGCCCUGGCGCGGCCGGGCUCGGGGGCGCGCUCCACGCCGCCACCAGCGAGGGCCGCGAGCGAGCCCGGGCCGAGGGGCUCACGGUCCUGCAGAGCCUGAAGGUCGGCAGCGCAUGGCGGGUCUACUUCCAGAAGGAGUACCUGGACUUCGUGAGUUGGACCCGUUCGAGGGGGCUGUCGACGCUCGGGGUGCAAGCGAUCGACUCAUGCUUCGCCCAGUACCUCGAUUUCCUCCUCUGGGAGGGCCACAACCACCACAAGGGGGGCAAGGCCCUCGCGGCGCUGAAGCACUACAACCCAGGGUUGGGGCUGAGUUCGGCGGCGGCGUUGGAGCGGACCACUGCCGGGCUUCGGGGCUUUCGCAAGCUCGCGAGGGGCUCGACCUGGGCCCCCAUGGCGAGGGAGCUGCUGUUCGCGGCCGUGGGCCUCGCUCUGCACCGAGGUUGGCGCAGCUUCGCCAUCGCCCUGGCCCUCAGCUGGGACACGAUGAUUCGGCUGCCGAGCGAGCUCGUAGCGAUGACGCGCGCGACCUUGGUCGCGCCCGCGCCUCGAUCAGGCCGCGCUGCGUGGAGCCUCCUGCUGUUCCCAGAGGAGCUCAACAAGGUCAGCAAGACCCUGGGCUGCGGCGAGGGCGUCGUCUUGUCGGACGAGGUGUCCACCGCGCUCGGGCCCGAGCUGGCCAUGCUGGUGCGUGCGCGCACGGACCGCCAGCCGCUCUGGGACUUCGACACGACGGCCUUCAACUCCAAGUUCAGGACGGUGUUCGACCAACUGGGCCACCAGGAUUGCCACCUGCACCAAGUGCGCCACGGCGGAGCCUCGUUUCGCGCGGCGGUGAUGGGCGAGAAGCUGGCGGACAUCCAGGCCAUGCUGAGGCACCAGUCGGACAACUCGACGAAGAGGCACGCCCGGCACGUCAGGUACUUCGCGGAGGUAGGCAAGCUGAGCCCCGAGGUCACUCAGUUCGGGCGGGAGGUAGACGCCAACCUGACCGACCUGCUGCGGGGCCGGGCCAUGACGGACGCUGCGGUGCGGCGGCACUGGCGUGCCGCGCUGCGGGAGGCCCUCGCUGACCUCUUCAGUGGCACUGGCAAGGUCGCGAGCUGGCUGGAGCGGAAGUCGGGCUACGCGGUCCUGCGGAUCGACGUGGCCGCCCACCCCGCUGUCGACCUCUCGCGGCGCGUGCGCGGCGCCAUUGUGAUAGGCUGGCUGAGGGCCCGCGUCGUGCGAG